CUUGAUUGAAAUUUUCUUUUUCCAUGAUUUCUGUUUUGCAUAUGAAGCCUUUCAGUUCCAUCAAAGAGCCAUUUCCCGGAUUUUGUAUGAACAAAAGCUUAGUCUUGUGUUUUACUCUGUUUCCUUAUUCAAGCAUCAUUUUGUAUAUUUUUUUGCUUUCUCUACAGAUUUUAUUACUCAUGAACCGAACAGGACGGAGAUCGCACAUGCUGACUAACCUCCUAGUAUUAUUUCUCUUCGCUAGUUUCCCAACGAUACUCUUUAAACUCGUAAGGGGGCAAUUUGGUUGCUGGGUUGCGUUUCUUGCCGUAGCUUUGAAUCUUUAUUUUCCCGAAACCUUUCCAGUUCCGCGUUUCGUCCUGUUCGUCAUCGCACCCGAUUGGCUGGCCCAUCGGUUACGAGAUGACAAGGUGCCUGGCAUCAUCUGUCUCGUAAUCACGGCUUUAAUUAUACUAACCGAAAUUCGUGGAGCCGGAGUAUUAGAGGAUAGUCGAUGUAGUUGUUAUUGUCUUAGUUAUUGGUUUAGUAUAGCUUGCUUAUUAUGCUUUACAAUAUUGUAUCUUGCCGCUUAGACAGAAUUGAAAAGCAUCACAGGGAGAAGGAACAUUGUUCUCUGUUUCUGCUAUUUCUUAUAGCUUCUGAAUGAGAAUGGACUCUUUUUCUCUC